UGUGUUGCAGGUUUCCCCAUUAACCCGCAACAGUUGAGGUUUUCUUCUCGACCUGUGAAGUGUUUCUUGGUUUUGUUGAUGAAGAAUGCCAACCUUCCUUGCCUUGCCCAUUGAGGCUUCUCGUAAGUUGGGGUUUCCUUCCAAACGUCUUACACGUAGUGAGAAUCACUUUCUCUUCAGCUGGGAAAGAAAACUGGUAAUCACCAGUGCUUUUCUGAGCAACCAUGUCUGAGCAACAAGAAUAUGCUCGUGAAAGCCCCAGCUCAAGCCAGGACUGUGAGCAUGAGAUGACCAUUGGCCGAAUCCUAUCCGAUGAAAAUCACAAAAUUGAUAGACGUCUUGCAAAGCGUUUAUCUCAUUUAAAUUCUAUCACUCUCACUCCUCGAGUUAAUGGAGAAAUCCCAGACGUUAAUAAUGCAACCUUGGACCAUGAGAGGCUCUCAGAUAGACUGGCAACAUAUGGUUUAGCUGAAUUACAUGUUGAAGGAGAUGGAAAUUGUCAGUUUAGAGCUUUAGCAGAUCAGCUUUUCCGUAAUCCUGACUAUCACAAACAUGUGAGGAAGCAGGUUGUGAAACAGCUUAAACAAUUCCAGAAGCUUUAUGAAAGUUAUGUUCCAAUGGAUUAUAAAAGAUACGUGAAAUAUAUGAAAAGAUCUGGGGAAUGGGGAGAUCAUGUAACCCUUCAAGCAGCAGCAGAUCGGUUUGCUGCCAAAAUUUGCUUGCUUACAUCGUUCAAGGAUAACUGUCUUAUUGAAAUAGUUCCCAAGGAAAAAAAUCCUUCUAAAGAACUAUGGCUGAGCUUCUGGAGCGAAGUGCAUUACAAUUCCUUGUACGGAACCGAUGAUUUGCCCUGUAGGAUAACAAAGACAAAGCAUUGGCUCUUUUUGUGAAAGUCCUCAUAAAAAUGCAUAUACAAGAGGGUGAAUUUGAAAAUAAAUAGUUUUUUUCUCACCUGAACAGUAAUGUAUAUAUUCUGUUUUAAGCUGUCAAUUAUUUUCAAGAAAGCAUCAAGUAUAGACAAUUCAAAGUUGAUGUAUAGAAUGAUGAAUGAUGUUCAUAGGGUUUGUGGUUGGGAGCUUUUGCAAAUUUAUCCCAAGCUUCGAAGAUGAGAUUUUUCGGUGCAGGAGGAAAUGUCCAUCCACCAGACCAAUAUCUCAUUCUCAAUUGAAUUUUAUAGUAAUAUGUAUUAAAUGAGUUGGCUCCUAAACUAAAAUGCCGAUUCAAAA